AUGUUGACGCAAGACUCUGUCUCCUGCGAUGAGACGACGACCCAGGAGCUAUUCACUGCAGCAAAACAAGGCGACGUGGACGUAUUCAUCAGAGUCGUAGAACGUUACUGUUCCGAGCGCAACCUACGUCUGUGUCUGCGGGUCAUUCUGAGCCCCUCCCGAAAUCCGUUGCUCCAUGUCGCUGCAGGCCUCGAGAGAGACGAGAUCCUGAGAGCCAUCGUCAACCACUUCCCUGACCAGCUCGUGGCCGGCGAAAAUUGCCGGGAAGACACCGCGCUUCACUUGGCCGCCAGGGCCGGAAGGGUCCCCACGGCCCGAGUCCUCAUCAGCCGAGCAUCGCACUUCGGCGGGUGCAACAUGCGGCGGACUCUCGUUCAAGUGAAGAAUAAAAGGGGAAACACCCCGCUGCAUGAGGCCGUUGUGAGCGGCCACCUUGACGUGGUUCGGAUCUUGAUACGUGAGGACUUGCAACCCACGUAUUGGGAGAACAAGGAAGGUAAAUGUCCCGUGUCUCUGGCCGUCGAGAGGGGCAACGUGGAGGUUCUCAGGCUUUUGUUGGCAGAGCCACUUGAUCUGUCGAGGAUUGAAGGCGUGUCACCCGUUCAUGCGGCUGUCUUACACGGCAAACUAGACAUGCUUAAGGAAAUUUCUGAGAGAAAUCCGGACUUGUUUGGACUAAAAGAUGAUAGAGGUGGCACUCCGCUCCAUUUGGCAGCAUAUAUCGACUACCAUGACGGCAUCAGAUUCUUACGAGAAAAAUUCACCUCGAGCACAGUCGAAUAUGAUAGAGACGGGCAUUUUCCAAUUCAUGUAGCUUGUAAACAGGGUCAUGUUCAAGCAAUCAAGGAGCUGGUGCGACAAUGGCCAGAUCCGAUGGAGUUGAUCAAUCAACAUGGACAAAACAUCCUCCACGUCUGCACCAUGCACGGAAGAAUCGAGGCAGUGAAGUACAUACUUGGAAAUGCUGACCUCGAGAAGCUCAUAAACGAAAAAGACAAUGAUGGGAACACGCCUCUGCAUAUGGCCACAUUGCCAUGGCAUCCGGUGGCUCUGCUUCAUCUCUUGUUGGACAAAAGGGUUGAUCUCGAGCUUGUCAAUAACAAAUGCUUGACGGCCCUUGACUUUGCGGUGGAGCAAACCAGAAGAACGGAUUCUCGGCUUCAAAAGGUAUGCACUAACUAG